GGUAGAGAACAUGUGAGGAGGUGGAACCUUGCAAAAGUUGGAAAAGACCGGCCCGUCUCUAUUGCCAGGGAACUUCUGGAGGUUAGGAGGUUUUGAUUUCUGCUCUAAAGAAGGAUCACCAUGGCAACUGGACAGAAGUUGAUGAGGGCUGUUCGAGUGUUUGAAUUUGGUGGACCGGAAGUGCUGAAACUCCAGUCUAACGUGGCAGUUCCUGUCCCAAAAGGCCGUCAGGUUCUAAUCAAAGUCCAUGCCUGUGGCAUCAACCCAGUAGAGACAUAUAUUCGCUCUGGCACCUACAGUCGGAAACCCGCCUUACCCUUCACUCCAGGCACCGAUGUGGCUGGGAUCAUAGAAUCUGUUGGAGAGAGUGUGUCGGCUUUCAAGGCAUUUGUUGAUCUUUUUCAGAAAGGUGACCGGGUCUUCUGCUCCAGCACAGUGUCUGGUGGUUAUGCAGAGUUUGCCCUUGCAGAGGAUCACACCGUCUACACCCUGCCCGAGACACUGGACUUCAGGCAGGGGUCUGCACUUGGGAUCCCGUACUUCACAGCCUGCCGUGCGCUGUUCCACAGCGCCCGUGUGCGAGCUGGGGAAAGCGUCUUGGUUCAUGGGGCGAGUGGAGGAGUUGGAAUAGCUACGUGCCAGAUUGCCAGAGCUCAUGGCUUAAAAGUUUUGGGCACAGCUGGUUCUGAGGAAGGAAAAAAGCUUGUUCUGCAAAAUGGAGCUCAUGAAGUGUUUGAUCACAAAGAGGUUAAUUAUAUUGAUAAAAUCAAGAAAUCUGUGGGUGACGAGGGGGUUAAUGUGAUUAUUGAGAUGCUGUCGAAUGUCAACCUGAAUAAUGACUUGAAGCUUCUGUCCCAGGGAGGACGGGUAAUUGUUGUUGGCUCUAGAGGUCCUAUUGAAAUAAACCCAAGGGACACCAUGGCAAAGGAGACGAGUAUAAUUGGAGUUUCUCUCUUUUCAUCCACCAAGGAGGAAUUUCAGCACUUCGCAGGCAUCCUCCAAGCAGGAAUUGAAAAAGGUUGGGUGAAACCCGUGAUAGGUUCUGAGUACCCAUUGGAGAAGGUGGUCCAGGCCCAUGAAGACAUCAUCCAUAGCAGUGGGAAGACCGGGAAAAUGAUUCUUCUCCCAUGAUGACCAACUCUUUCUGAGACGCCCUGUGUCACUGUGACAUCUUCCUUCCCAAGUCUUUCUUCUGUCUGUCAUCUUUAAUCAGCAUUCAUUUCAUUGGGUUUCAUGUAUUAAAAACAUGACUUUCGGGGGUAGACACAGUGGAGUAACACCAUAGCAGAGAGCAGCAUGCAGACUUAUGUGGGCUUGGCAUGCAUCUCAAAACUGGUUUUGCUUCUUUCUCUUGGUUUUCUUGGUUUGGUUUAGUGUUUCUGUUUUGUUUUGUUUUUGAGACAGGAUCUUGCUCUGUAGUUCAUGCUGGCCUUGAACUCAUGGUGAUCGUUCUGUCUCAGCCUUCUAAGUGCCAGGGUAACAGUCCUGGACUGCCACACACAGCUUCAUUUCAGAACUUCUUAAUUGAUUGACUUCAGGCCUUUGACUCUUGACCUCCAGGGGCUUCCAAGCCUGCCUACCUUUAUUUAAGGUGUCCAGUCCUCUGGUCGGCAUGGCUGUCUUGGACUCUGAAGACUUUCUGGGCUGGAAAACAUCCUUUUAAAACCAAUAUCAUCUCAGUCUGUGAGCCUCUGGGAAGGGCAAAAUGAGCAACACCUGGGACAGCUGUCAGUUUUCCUAACAUUUCUGAAAAUGCUAGAAUACUUACAUGCUGGUCACCAACCAUGUUCCAGGAGAUCAGCAACCGUAUUCUGGGUCUGUGGAAUUGAGUACAGUCACUCAUUCAAUGCUUCAUGGUUAUUUAGAGUUUCCUGUAUGUGUGACACAAGCCUCAUAAUUUUGCUUAAAAUUGUAAGUUCACAAAUUUAACACAUUAAGAAAGGUCUGCUUUGGUUUUCAUAGUAUUGUAACUUGGAGUCAAUUCUGUAGAAUCCUGAAGCCUAAAGCACAAACCUCAUUUCUGCAUGGCUCCUGACCUUGUGACUGCUUAGUAGGCCUGUUUUGUGCUGGAAUUCUUUUAGACUAAAUAAAAGGACAGCCUUUUAGAAAUCUCA